AUUGGUCGCACACAUAGGCCCAAAAAUCAGUCACCCAUUAUAGCAAAACCCUCUAAUAUAUAUAUAUAUAUAUAUAAUAUGCACUUAUUACCCAAACGAAACAGAACUUGUAGUCUAAGGAGAGAGAGAAAGAGAAAGGGAGAGAGAGAGCUACAGAGAUCUGGAAGGAGAAAAGAGAGGGAGAGUGAUGAUGGAUGCCACGCAGAAGACUGCUAUCAAAGUUCUAAUGCUUCCAUGGUUGGCUCAUGGUCACAUAACUCCAUUCCUAGAGCUAGCCAAGAAGCUCAUUCUCAGAAAUUUCCACAUCUAUUUUUGUUCUUCUCCUAUAAAUCUCAAUUCCAUCAAGCCCAAACUUCUAAUCGAUCCAAACUUUUCAAAUUCUAUACAACUAGUUGAGCUUCAUCUUCCAUCUCUUCCAGACCUUCCUCCUCACUACCACACAAUGAAAGGCCUCCCUCCACAUCUCUUACCCACGCUAGAGAAGGCUCUGGACAUGACCAAGCCUGAGUUGUCCAAAAUACUUGAAACCCUGAAACCAGAUUUGCUCAUCUAUGAUCGACUCCCAAUAUGGUUACCUGAUCUAGCUUCUUCUAUGAACAUUCAGCCUAUUUCCUUUAUAACUGGUGGAGCUGCCAUGACCUCCUUUUUGUAUCAUUGCAUCAAAUGCAGUGAUCGUCAAUUCCCAUUUCCAAAACUCUAUCCUGAUUUUUCUAAAAUAAAGUUUACCCAAGAAAGCGCUGAAUAUUCUUCCACUGAUAGUGGUAGAGAUAGUGCUAUUGGAGCUGUUGAAAUGCUCGGAAAAUCUCGUGGUGUGGUUUUGAUAAGGACUUCUAGGGAGCUCGAGGGGAAAUAUAUGGAUUAUCUCUAUGAUUCUUUAGGCAAAAAGGUUGUCCCUGUUGGUUCUCUUGUUCCAGACGUCGUCCUCGAUGACGAGGAGGGUAUGGAUAUCAUCAACUGGCUCGACAAGAAAGAGAAAUCGUCAACCGUGUUGGUGUCCUUUGGGACUGAGUGUUAUUUGUCUAAGGAAAAUAUGGAGGAGAUGGCUCAUGGGUUAGAGAUUAGCAAUGUGAAUUUUAUAUGGGUUGUUAGGUUUCCAAAGGGAGGGAAAAUGAAGCUAGACGAUGGCCUUCCUGAAGGGUUUUUAGGAAGAGUGAAAGAAAGAGGAAUAGUUGUUGAGAAUUGGGCACCCCAAAUAAAGAUUCUACACCAUUCAAGCAUUGGUGGGUUUGUGAGUCAUUGUGGUUGGGGUUCAGUGAUGGAGAGCAUCAAAUUUGGUGUCCCAAUCAUAGCAAUGCCCAUGCAAGUAGAUCAACCGUGGAAUGCUAGACUUGUAGACGAGUGUGGGGUUGGUUUGGAGGUCAAUAUGGACAAUAAUGGAAAGCUUAAAGGAGAAACUUUGGCAAAAGUGAUAAAACAAGUGGUGGUCGAGAAAACUGGAGAGCAAAUUAGAAGGAAAGCAAAGGAAAUGAGUGAGAAGAUAGGAAGGAAAGAUGAGGAAGAGAUUGAUGGGGUGGUUAAGGAACUUUUAGAACUAUGUAAAAUGUAAAACCUUUAUAUGUUCCUUUGUGGCAUCCAAUAAUAUUUUCCACAGUUUAAGAAAGAAUUGCACCAUGUGAUUGUGGGAAAAUUCCACCGAUUGAGGCUUAGAAGUUGUAAUUUUUUUUUUCCCAUUUAUAAGAAAUAAUUUUAUUUCUGAGUCAAAUUCAAAAGCCUCAAAUGCGUCAUUGUCUAUGUACCAAUUAUUAUUAAUUUAUUUUUUAUUAAUUUAGAUAUA